AAAAUCUGUGACCAGAUCAGUGAUGCCGUCCUGGACGCCCACCUCAAGCAGGACCCUGACGCCAAGGUGGCUUGUGAAACGGUGGCGAAGACGGGGAUGAUCCUGCUGGCAGGGGAGAUCACCUCCCGGGCCGCUGUCGACUACCAGAAGGUGGUCCGGGACACCAUCAAGCACAUCGGUUAUGACGACUCUUCCAAAGGUUUCGACUACAAGACCUGCAACGUGCUGGUGGCCCUGGAGCAGCAGUCGCCCGACAUCGCCCAGGGUGUCCACCUGGACCGCAGCGAGGAGGACAUUGGUGCCGGGGACCAGGGCCUGAUGUUUGGCUAUGCCACGGACGAGACGGAGGAGUGCAUGCCCCUCACCAUCGUCCUGGCCCACAAGCUGAACGCCAAACUGGCCGAGCUGCGGCGUAACGGCACCCUGCCCUGGCUGCGCCCUGACUCCAAGACGCAGGUGACGGUGCAGUACAUGCAGGACCGCGGCGCUGUCAUCCCCAUCCGGGUGCACACCAUUGUCAUCUCGGUGCAGCACGACGAGGAGGUGUGCCUGGACGAGAUGCGGGACGCGCUGAAGGAGAAGGUGAUCAAGGCGGUGGUGCCGGCCAAGUACCUGGACGAUGACACCAUCUACCACCUCCAGCCCAGCGGCCGCUUUGUCAUCGGCGGCCCCCAGGGCGACGCUGGUCUGACCGGCCGCAAGAUCAUCGUGGACACCUACGGGGGCUGGGGGGCCCAUGGUGGCGGUGCCUUUUCGGGGAAGGAUUACACCAAGGUGGAUCGCUCGGCCGCCUACGCCGCGCGCUGGGUGGCCAAGUCCCUGAUCAAGGCCGGGCUGUGCCGCAGGGUGCUGGUGCAGGUCUCCUACGCCAUCGGGGUGUCCCACCCCUUGUCCAUCUCCAUCUUCCACUACGGCACUUCCCAGAAGAGUGAGCGGGAGCUGCUGGAGAUCGUCAAGAAGAAUUUCGAUCUCCGUCCCGGGGUGAUCGUCAGGUAA